CACUGCAAAGCGAAGCCCUUGUGUACAGACUUCGCAGCCAUCACAAGAGCCUGCCAAAGAGAGUUCAGAGGACAUAGUGCAACUUUCAACACCAUUCUCAAGGUCACUGUCGAGUUCACGAUGGCUACGCAACACAAAGUGCUGCGUCCGCAGCUGCACCAACCACACUGGAAUGAUACAAGAUGGUGUGCUCUCAUUUCACAGGUUACCGAGGAACCGUAAGAUGAAGGUAAAGUGGAUGAAGGUCAUAGGUCGCAAACAGUGGCCAUCAAAGUGGUGGACAGCCAUCUGCUCGGACCACUUUGUAUCUGGAGACUUCAACAGCGGGUGUUUGGGUCAAGGGAUGCUGAAGCUGAAGGCCAUUCCUUCCGUCCACCUGGACAAAAGCGUUUUCAAGGUUGGCAAAGCUAGCCGCGUUGCCCGGAAACAACUCUCCCGUGGCGCUUGUACCAUGACCACCGAAACAGCUGGUGCAACCGGGAGAGAAACAGACACACUCGAGUCAUCCUCAGUCUUAAAAACAAACCAUUUCGUCGUCGUCACGCUGAACCCUUCGAUGAGUCCAGCCGCCGCGCUUUCGACAGAUGGCGGAACGAGCGGCGAUGGCUCUGCUCCUGACGAGGCCGUGCCCGCCGUGUCACCAACGACGUCUGGUGAGCAGCCCGAGAAGCUGGCGAUGACAGAGUCAUCUUCGAAAAACGAAAGCACGAAUAUCCUUGAAGUCGUGGGUGUUGCAGAAGAAGGCGUAGAGCAACCGAAAGUGGCAGGGGAUCAACAACACUCUUCUAAAGAGCUGGAGGUGAAUGCUCCGCAAGAGCCUGAGCAACAGGCAGGAGUUACGGAAGAAACGGCAGCCGCGACAGAGGCACGUCCAGUUGACAGAGAGCGCGUGACAGAUUCGUCAACGCCGUCCACUACCCCCGAGAAAGUGACAGCUACGACGACGGCGGCCAAAGGCUCACAACCUGUGACAGCUCCAACCACUCCAGCUAAUUCGCAGCAGCGUAUGACGACACGAGCUAACAAGAAGACGCCAGACUCGCAGCAUCAGGAGCUUGCGAGCAGAACAUCCGAUGGCGGCACCAAGUCCGUCAGCCAGCCUGGCGAAAGUGCUUGCGAUGUCUGCCAACGCACUUUCGAGCGGGAAGACUUGACCAAGAUCUUCGUAGAAAUUCGAAAGCGGCCUGACGAAAACUCUCCUAGUGCUCAACUCUGCCCGUUUAGGCUCUGCCCGGAGUGCAAGGAACCCCUUCUACAAGCUCCGACAACCGACGCGUCAGGUUCCAGUAACGUUCAGCGUGACGACAUUGUUGCGAAACUGCACGAGCGUGCCCUCAACACGCAGCCAGCAGCACAGAUGUGCGAAGAGGUUGAAGCGGAGGACAGCACUACGCAGCCACCAGAGCCUCCAAAGUCGAAACGCGUGCGGAUCGAGCUGGCACGUGUGAAGCCCAGAAAGAAGGGCAAGUGUUUUGCUUUGGUUUGUUACGUGGCACUGUUAAUCAUGCGAUUAACAAAACACGAUUCGUUAAGUAAACAAGGGGAAGAGGCCUCAUCAUUGGCGUGUCUGUCACCGUGA